GCUUGGCAUAACAAAUUUAAUGGCGGUGACGGAGUGAAAGAAUUCGUGUUUAGUUGCUUCUUUGAGUUUUCAUUGUGAAUAUUUACCGAAAAUUGUAACGUUUUGUCCAAAAUUGCACACUAUGGAGAAUCCCGAAGAAGUGCUGCAGCUGUUGGAGCGAUUCACCAAGCUGAAUCAGAAGGAUAUCCCUCGUGAGCUGGAAGAUUAUCUACGCUUUGUUGCUCGAACCGGAGAUACUGUCUACCGAUGGCCGAUCGUGAAGCCACUUUUCCGGGAGAAAUUGCUCCAUGUGAUAACUGACUUCUACGAUAGCACUCCGAGUAUCGCGGAUUUGCCCCAGUAUCCGAAUGUGGAUCCGUUCAACUACGAAGGCAUGCGACGAACAUUAGUGGAACGGUUGGAACAUUUCAGUUCCGCUCCUUUUACGGUACAACGGAUCUGCGAGCUACUAACGGAACCGAGAAAACAGUACACCCGCAUCGAUAAGUUCAUGAGAGCGAUCGAAAAAAACAUUUUGGUGGUCAGCACCCAAGAACCCGGAAGACGACGCUCGGACAGCGAGAAUGGAGACUCACUCGAUUCGAUCGUGAACGGAGACUUAGAAGUCAACGUGGACAUCGAAAUGGAUAACGAAGCCUUCGGUAUAGAGUCAGGUGAUAUGGCAGCUCAGAACUCAUCAUCAUCCUCGUCCUCGUCUUCGUCAUCAUCAUCGGUCUCACCAGUCGUGGCAGCUGCAACACCAUCAACUUCUUCAUCUACGGUUGCGACGGAAGUCCCAGCAUCCAUUUGUUCGGAAUCGACUGAUUCAACUACACCAAAGGACACCUCUGUGGUGGAGAAAUCACCUGAACUAGACCCUGAACAUUCUUCUUCAAGUGCUGAAGGUACAUCUGAAGAAGCUAAGCCGGUUGAAAACGAAAAUAGUUGUCCAGACGCACCACCAAUUUCCAAUGUUGAGGAUACUGAACUCCCUCAAGAUAAACACAAACCAUCUGAUGACAAUUUUGUAGAAAAAGAACAAUCAGUAGCAAGUUCUGCGCCUUGCGAAGAUGCAAUUGAUGGUGGUGGUGUUGCUUCUUCCGAAAACCAAUCAUCGGAAUCUACCGAACUUAUUGAACAUGCUGACAGUAAAGAUAAAUCUCCGGUCGAAUCAUCACUUAGACCACAAGAACAAAACGAAUCAUUAGAUGAUGAAGAACCUCAAGCAAAACUGGCCAAAUUGGAGGAAAGUGAACCAACACAAGGGGUUGUCGAAGUUAAGUCGGAUGUUUUACAGGUAACUCCCGUAGAAUCUGUUGAUUCAGAAAAGGAAGAACUCAGCUCGACUUCCUCGACAGAUUCAGGCGGAAACAGCACCAGCAUUGAUUCUGAAUCAAUUUCCUCGGGUAACGAUAAUUCUGCAUCUAACUCGGUCGAAUCGAUUGUCCACCUCACCCCGGAAGAGCAGGUCGAGGUAGUUCCGCCGUUGGAUGAAGUUGAAAAACCUAUCGAAACUCAAACUCCCAUAGAACCAGUACAAUUACAACCGACUGAAAAUGUACCGCUCCAAGUUAUUCCUGCAGAAGAUCAACCGACAACAGCAGUUGAACCUUCUGCUCUGGGCGUGGCCUCGAGUGAGUCUGACGCUAUCGAAAGAACCGAAUCGAAACCUAUCGAGGUGGAACUCAGUGAACCAACCAUCCCGACUGAUGAAAUGGAAACGGCGUCUUCAAUAACUGUCCCGGAAAGUGUUAUGGCCACUGACGAGGAAGAGUCAAUUAGUGAUACCAUAGUCCCGAUGGCGGCCGAAGUAACAGAUGCUCCCAAAGUCGAAGACAAUGCUAUGGACAUCGAUGAAUCAAGCGUUGAACCUAUGGAUCAAUAGAUGGCUCUAAAGUAGCACAUAGUGAUACUUGCUAACAGUGUUCAACCUCGUUUGGUGAAAAGGAUUGGAGCAAUUGGCACUAGCUUUGGUGAAAAAAGUUGAAAACAAAAUUCCAACAAUUGAAUUGCUGUAUUUUACUAAGACUAAACAUGAGAAACAAUGUAAACAAUGACUUAGCUGUAAAUGACGUUGCUGUAAUAAAUUCCCAAUACAAAAAAACGCAA